CUUCUGUUUUUUUUGCAUUAAUUUUCUGAAAAUCGUUGCCAGGAUAGGAUCGGUAGCUGUGUGCAUUGAUUGUGUCGAAGCUGAUCUCACCCGGUUGUCAGCAGGGAAGAGGACCGCCGAAGACUGUUACCGAGCAGGUUCCGGACUAUGCGGAGAGAUGUAGAUUGUAUCGAUGUUUACUUAUUUACACUAAUACUUUUUAACAGACUACAUCUAUUAUUUGUGCCGGUCCUAUUUUACAGAGAAAACGGAGGAUGCAGAGACGUCAGGAUGAGAUAGCUUUCCAAGAAGACAACCUGUUAGAACAUUCGCUGAGAAGACUACGAUGGAUUCGGACUUGAACCAAAUGAACUACCUAAAGCAGGAAGAGCUUCGUGCGAGACAAAAGAAGCCUUCUCCUGGGCGAGAAGAUCUGGGCGAAAUUCGGAUUUCGCGCUAAGCUACGUCGCUGCUACGGGCCUACGCGAUUCGCGGGGUUGCACGACGCCAAUCAAGCGCCGGGAGGCCUCGCUCCCGAAAAGCAAUGUGACCUGUGCAUUCCUCGCCGCGGCCUGCCAAAAUCAUUUGCGUUGUGGCACGAACUUGAUGAAGAUUGUGAGAGGACGCAGGAUCCAUUGGAGGACAAAGAACGAGCUAUCGAUAAUGAAAGUGAGCGGAAAUAGAGAAAGGAGCUGAGAGAAGCUAUCGAAGGGAGAAAGAGGAAUCGCCGUUGCACGAGAUGACAGCGUCUUAUUCUGAGAUAUCGUUUGAUUCGCAAUCUUCACCACCCAUCUCUGAAUUGAGAUCACUCAUUGAUUCUCCAGAUAUUGACAGCGGAAAAUUUCUAAAUGAUAGUUUAGAGAAAAUAAGAGGAGCUGGUCAUAGACCGGAUCAAUUAAAUUUGAGAAGUAGAGACGGCAGUCCAACAGAAGUCGACGAUCCACCGAGUUAUCAUAAAGCUAUAGGUUACCUGCAAUUGGAGGGAAGAGUAAUGCAAGAUGGAGAUAUGGUGUUAUUUGUAACUGAAAAUCUGGAGAACAAGAUCAAAUUGUCGAGUCCUGUGACUAAAAAAGGAGAUAUUCCAUCGUUUCCGGGAUCACGAAGUUCAACCCCAUGCUUGUAUAGACAGGCCUUAACUCCGCAAUUACCAUCUCUUGAUCAUAAUGUAUUAAAUGAAUUAGAGAUGGAAGCUAGAAAAGUUGCAACCUCUGUGGACGCACUGACUGAAAAUUUAGCCGCGAUUCUACAAAACGCUUCAGCUCUCACAGUCGGUUGUUUAGAAACAUACAGAGAUGCAGUGUGUAAGACUUGUGACGCUGUGGAUCAUAAUAUAAAAUCAAUGUAUCAAUUAAUGGCUAAGUGCGAAGAACUGUCCAAAUCGAUGGGACCAAUUUAUAAGUUAGCAGAACAGAUCAAAGAAAUGAAAAGGAUGCUGGAGCUGUUUGAAAGCGCGAUGAAUCUAUAAAGCAAUAGGAGGAGAAAGAUGUUGCAUUCUUAUCAAGAUACUUUUAGAUUCAUGACGAAAUGCAAUUGCACUAUGUUAAAUUUACAGUAUGUUAUGAAAAAUGUGUUGAUGUAUCAUACGACAAACAGGAUUACAACUUGUACAAGCUUUUUGGAAAUGUGUGUAUGUAAGAAUACGCGUAUUGUGUGCAUGCGUGCGUGCGGUCGCGUAUUUUUGCGUAUUAAUAUAUAACACAAGUAAUUUGUUUUUUUGUUCAAUUUUUAUCAUGACUACAUCAUAAUUCGUAUAUUGUACAUGAAAUACAUUAUACAAAGUGUUUUAUAAAUGCAUGUUCAAUACUUUA